AUGAAUACUAUCAUGCUAGCAUCAAUGGCUUCGGGUAUCACAACAUCUAUCAUUCUCGAGACAGUCCUACUCCGCCGUGGCGCUGAUCAGCUCUCCUGGACUAUGGCUGCCCGGACUGCGAUGGGCAUGAGCAUGGUAUCUAUGCUAGCCAUGGAAGUCGCAGAGAACGCCGUUGACUACCAUUUGACUGGUGGAGUUGUUGCAUUCGAGGACCCGAAGUUCUGGAUAGCGGCCGUGUUGUCGAUAGGGGCUGGGUAUUUGGCUCCGUUGCCAUAUAAUUACCUGCGUCUGCGGAAAUAUGGCAAGGCUUGUCAUUGA